AUUAAUGUGUGAAUUUUUAAAUAAAUAUAUAUAUCAUAAUAAUUAAAUUUAUAUAGAAAGUGUAUUUUAGUAAAUUAUUAUAAUAUAGUAGUAGUAUAAAGCAUAUUAUAAUCACACCACACUAAAUCAAAAAAUAUAAAAAGAGAUCACAUAUUAAAAAAAAUUACAAGUUUUUUUUUUUUAAAAAUUAAAUCAUCCUAUUACUAUUCGAGAAUUAUAAAUAAUAAUAAAAAUAAUAAUAAGAACUAUACAUGUAUAAUAAAUAUAAUUAGAUAGAUAAUAGUAAAAGAGAAAAUCAAAAUUAAAAAUAAAAUUCAAAAAAAAAUGGAAGAGAGUACUCCAGUAAAUGAUUUCAAAUUACCAGAAGGCAUCAAGGAUCCAUCAUUAGAGUUUGAUUUACUUGAGUGUUUAGGUAGGGGCUCAUUUGGAUCAGUAUUUAAAGCAAUUUAUAAAAGGACAGGAACAGUUGUAGCUGUAAAAUUAGUACCAAUAAAUGAAGAUUUUCAAGAGAUUUUAAAAGAAAUUAAUAUUAUGAAACAGUGUAAAUCAAAAUAUGUAGUGCAAUAUUAUGGAAACUAUUUUAAAGAUGAAACAUGUUGGAUUAUUAUGGAAUAUUGUUCAAAUGGUUCAGUUAGCGAUAUGAUGAAUAUAACUAAUAGGGUUUUAAAUGAGGAGCAAAUUGCAUUAGUUUGUUAUAGUACAUUAAAGGGUUUAUACUAUUUACAUAGAAACAGUAAAAUCCAUAGAGAUAUUAAACCAGGAAACAUUUUAGUUAAUGAUUUAGGUGAAUGUAAAUUAGCAGAUUUUGGUGUAAGUGGACAAUUAAGUGAACGUACAAGAAAAAGAAAUACAGUUAUUGGCACACCAUUCUUUUUAGCACCAGAAGUUAUUCAAGAAGUUGGUUAUGAUAAUAAAGCUGAUAUUUGGGCUUUGGGUAUCACAGCAAUUGAAAUGGCAGAAUUUCAUCCACCAUAUCAUGAUUUACAUCCAAUGAGAGUAUUGUUUAUGAUUCCAACAUCACCAUCACCAACUCUUAAAGAACCACAAAAGUAUUCACCAGAAUUUUCAGAUUUUAUUGCUCUUUGUUUAGCAAAAGAACAAAGCCAAAGACCCUCAGCCAAAGAUCUUUUAAAACAUCCAUUCUUUGAAAAACAAUUAAAAGGUUCAUAUGUUAUGAAAUCAUUAUCAGAAACUGCUGAAAUGGUUAUCGAACGUGCUGGUGGUAGGGAAGAAGCAAUUAAAGCAGCAUCUGAAAGAAAAUCAAAACAAUCAGGUCAACCAUUUGAAUUUAUACAUUGCGAAAAAGUCGAUGAACCAGAUUCAUCAGAUGAAGAGGAUUUAUUAGAAAAGAAUAAUAGAAGAUUAAGUCAAAUCCAAGAAAAUAAAAGACAACAACAAUCACCACCACCACCAGCUCAACCACAACAAUCAUUAAAUAUGUCAGGUCAAUUUGGUAAAAAUAAAAAUGAUGAUAUUAACGAAUUAGAUUCUUUAUUAAGUAAUAUGAUGUCAUCAUCAGCUGCAUCAACAUCAUCUUAUAAUUCAUCACAUUCAGCUUCAGCUAAUAAUAAUAGCAAUGCAUCAUCAUCACCAUCACCAACAUCAAUUUCAAAUAGCCGAGGUAAUGUUGGUAAUGUCGGUUAUACCAAUAAUAGUAGUGUAGAAUCAUCAUCAUCAUUUAAACAACCACAACCAUCAACUCCACAACAACAAUAUCAACAACAUCAAACCAAUGGUUUUUCACCAUCACCAAGAUCAUCAGUUGAGAUUUCAAAACCAAAAGCUGCAGCUUCUGAAUUGGAUGAUUUAUUAGAAGAAAUGUUAAACCCAUCUUUUGGUAAUAGACCAAGAGGCUUAACACCAAUUAGUUCACCAGUUACUAAAAGACCACCAUCAACUGGAAUACCAUCAUCACCAGUUACACAUUCAUCUCAACCAACCAUCAGUAAUCGUGUCAAUGGUAUAUGGUCAGGUGAAACUGCAGGUGGUUGCGCUAACACACCAUUAUGGCGUAAGAAUCCACAAUAUCUUCUUCAAAUUGUUCAAACCACUACAAUUCGUAUUACACUUCGUCAAACUGGUGAUAAACUUGUACAUAUUGGAUUUUAUUUUGCUAAAGCUAAUCAAGGUCAAGAUCAAAACAAAAGAAGAAUAUCUUUGACCAAAGAAAAUUUAGUACCAGGUAUCGAUAUUACAUUCCUUAAGAAUACAGAGGUCUCAGCUAAAAUUACAAUGGAACCAGGAUAUUAUGUUAUUAUUCCAGCUACAUUUGAACCAGGUCAAGAGGGUACAUUCGAAUUAGAAGUUACACCAAUUGCAUCAACAGGUUUUAUUGAUGGUAAUAGUAUCAGUAACCAUGUUAGAUUAAGUGAAGUUCAACAAGAUCGUGAUUGGAAAACUAUUUCAGGUCGUUUCGAAUGGAGAGGUCCAACUGCAGGUGGUAGUUUUAGUGGUAGCAGUGCAACUUGGAAAGAUAAUCCAAAAUUCUUUUUUGAAAUCAAUCAAACAUGUAAUAAUACAAUAAUAUUGGGCAAACAUAACGAUAUGCCAAAAGAAACAUAUAUCGGUUUUUACAUUUUCAAAGCUGAUAAAACCUGUCCUUUCAUUUCAUUAACAGCCAAUAAUCUCUUCUCAAAAACUAGUUUUGUCAAUGGUUUAGAGGUUGUCCAUAAUCAAAAUCAAAUGCCACCAGGUUCAUAUAUUAUUGUACCAUGCACCUAUGAUGCACGUCAAGAGGGUUCAUUCUCAUUGACAUGUUAUUCAGAUGGUCAAAUUAAUAGAUUAGAUCUUAGCGAACAAAUUCUUACAGUUCAUGGCGAAUGGAAGGGCCCAAGUGCAGGUGGUUGUCUCAAUCAUACAACUUGGAGAAAUAAUUCUCAAUACUUGGUUCACAAUACAUCAAAUCUACCAACUAAAAUCACCAUUAUGUUAGAGCAAUUAGAAAAAAUGGAUAAUCAACAAUUACCAUUCGUUGGAUUCUAUGUAGCAAAAUCACCAACUCCAAUUUUAAAUAAGAAGCUCUUUUCAUUAACACCAAAAGAUAUUGUAGGUAAUACUGAGUUUAUAAAUGAUUAUCAAGUUCACUUCACCUCAAUUAUGGAACCAAAUUCAUCUUAUGUAAUUAUACCAUCAACUUUCACUCCAAAUAUUGAAUAUCCAUUCAAUCUUCGUGUUAUCACCAAUAAUCAUAAUGCAAUUUCCAUCACUCGUCUCCCAGACUGGUCGACUCGUACUCUUUCUGGAGAGUGGAGACAAGGUACAUGUGGUGGCCGUUACAGCAACACAAGCAGCUCAUGGACAUUAAAUCCACGUUUCCGUUUCAAUUUACCAAAGGGUGGCCGUUUCACUGUAAUUUUAGCUCAAGCAGAAAAAUCAAACUAUAAUGGUAUUGGUUUUUAUUACUUUAAAACUCUUCCAGAUGGUUCUCUCAAAGAAUUUGUUUGUAAAAGUGGUUUCAUUUGUGGUAAAGAAAUUGUUUUAGAAUCAACCACAAACGAUUCAAUCUCUGGUGUACUUAUUCCUUCAACUUUUGAACCUGGUAUUCUAGAUUCAUUUAGUAUAAUCAUUUAUUCUGAAUAUGAUUCUGAUUUUUAUCAAUAAUCAUAUAAAUUAUUUAAUAAAAUAAUAAUAAUAAUAAUAAUAAUAAUAAUAAUAAUAAUAAUAAUAAUAAUAAUAAUAGUAAUAAUAAUAAUAAUAUAUAUAGUAAUAAUAGUAGUAAUAGCACAAAUAAUAUAUCUUAAAAAAAAAUAUAAUAUAUUUUUUUUCUUUUUUUUCUUUUUUUUUAUAUUCUAUCCACCAACAACAAUACUAUAAUUAAUAAUAAUUAAUUAUAAUAUAAACCAAAAUUUUGUAUAAUUAAAAAUUUCAUAUAAAUAAAACUAUUAAACUAAAAAAAAAAAAAAAUAUUUAAAACUAUAAAAUUUUUAAACU